AUAAACCGCGAACCGCUGCAGAUACUGGGAGGUCUCUGUUGAUGACGAUUUUGCUAUCAAACUGAAUUUAAUAUGGAAAACAUGUGCAAACUGAAUGCUACAGUCGAGUCUUCUAAAUAGAGUGCAUCUGCUUGCAUAACUGUUUGCUUCCUUCGGCUAUAACUGUUCUAGUUGCAGAAGAUUUAUAAGGAUAACUAAAGAAGUGUUGGCAAUCGAUGACUAAUCCUAGCGUGUUCGUAGGAUUCUUGUCAAUCCUUGCAACUGGUUGUUUUGUCGAAGGAUUCUUUACACAACCAAUCCCAUGCGCAGCAAGGAAAGAGGUGAUUCCUAUAGAUGCCCCUCGCUAUCAAUACUAUCCCUUCUUCGUGAAUGUUUACCGAUGUAGUGGCGGUUGCUCUACCAACUCACCUGAUACGUACCACUGCUCCGCCACAGCCUGGAACAAUGUAACUGGUGUAGUAAUUGAUUUACAAUCUCGAACCCGAAAAGUUCUGACGGUUCUUAAUCAUACCAGUUGUGAGUGUGCAUGUGUAAAGAAAGCACAAGAUUGCUCUGAAAAUGAACUUUUCGACGAAGAUAUAUGUGAUUGCCAGUGUAAAUACCAGGACGAACCUCCAGCAGGAUGCCCCUGGAGAUUCAGUUGGAAUCAGUUCCAGUGCAAGUGUGUUUGUGCAAGACCAGUAGAAUUUUGUCCUGUCAACAUGGAAUGGAGUUACACAGCGUGCGGUUGCGUUUGCACUCAGUCUGUUGUGAAAUUUUGCCAAUUGGAGAAGAAAUUCCUCAACGCCUCGACUUGUGAGUGCGAGGAACCUAAAACAAUAGUGAAAACUAUAGAUCCUGGUGAUCCUGGCAAAAGAAGUGUGGAGACAACGCAUUGGAGGCGCUUAGUGUUGUGUAUGGUUGGAGAGUUUGUCGUUUUAACUCUCUUGUUUGACUUGAUCCUGUAUUGUCAAUACGGCGGUGGAAUUAUCUGCAAAGCCUGCCACUGUCCUCGUAAAGCCACUUCAAGAAAUGGUCAGGCAGUCCGCACCUAUACUCAACCCUCAAUUGGACUUAGUUCAAGGAGGGACGAUAGUCCCACAAUCGACAAAAACCUUCUAUAACAGAGGUGAAGUACGUGUCAGUCUUAACAUGCCUCUUUAAUACUGUUAGUCACUGGUGGCUAACGCGGAAAAGAGAGAUCAUAAGCAAAUCACUGUAAGGCAGCAUCCACGCCGCCAUGGGUGACAAAGGAACGCGUUUAUAUGCUAAGCAAUGGCUCUAAAUAAACUUAGUAAAUGGUUAUGCCUAACCUAAUUUUACAUUUUCGACGUUCUUUUUCUCUCGGACUUUUUAUCUCGAGGCAAUGUUCUAUUUGAAGGCAAUACUUUGUAAUGUUUAGAGUGACUCAUAAUAUCGUUACAUAGCUGGUUGCAGUAGCUAUAGUGAGUGCUACGCUCCUGCAACUAUAAUAAGUGAGACUCCACCAUGAAGAGUUUUCCAGCUGUAUCCAUCUUACAAAGUUCCUCUUCCUUACGACAGUAACUAAGUUUUCUUGGAGAGAGUUAACCAACAGAUGUUUUUAGAGACGCGUGCAUGAAUCUGUGUAGGGGUAGAAUCACGGUUUAGUGCAUGUGCAAGUUCCUAAGCAGCCUACUCAAAUCGACUGCUUUUUGAACGGUUAGAUGUGAUCCUAGAGUCUUACGUGUGUCCAAUACAAAAUUUGUGGAUGGAGUCGGAAUGGAGUGACUUGUAAUGAGAAAUGUCAACAGGAUAACUACGCUUUGAAGAAUGACAACGAAAUUCUCUCAAACAAAACGGUUUAGCUGCUCGCGUUGUACUUGAGAUAAACCACUGAAAAAAAAAUAUGAGUCGAUUUGGUCUUAAAUUAUUUUGUUGAGGAAAAAUAAUGAAACAAUUUAGAUGCUAAUAUUCUUGUCAAAUGUGUUGCAGAUAUACGCAAGCCGGCGUUGUUUUUAAAGAAAAUAAAACGAUAUAUUUUAUUGGCCAAUUGCUCCUCCAGUGUCCCAUGAAUUCAAUUCAGUAUACUGAGCCGGGCUACUAGUGCCCUCGAACAAAGAAUAGGUAGUCGAAUGUUUCAUACUCUGGCGAGUCCUAUCCUUUUUUGAGGUAACGUUUAGAAAGAAAUGUCCUAGAUUAGUCCCUCGAUCGGUGCCUAUAUAAUGCCUGUGGACGGGUUAUUUUCGCACUUUGGCUACCGAAAAUGCUAUCUGACCUCAAUAUCUAAGGGCAGGUGCCGUUAUCUUGGAUCAUUCUAAACGGUGCGAGAAAACGAAGUCAAUGGUUAGUUUUAAAAUAUGUACGCAGUGAGAUAUAAUAUUUUCAAAUAAUAAUGUAAUCAUAUGAUAAUAUAACAAUAAUUUAAUAAUAAAAUAUCAUAUUUUCAAAAUGUGUACGCAGUUUU